AUGAAAGGUGGUCUAAGGUUUGGGAGAAAAUGGAAGUUGAGUCCCCGUUUCAUUGAACUAUUUGAUGUUUUGGAGCGGAUUGGCCACAUAGCUUACCGAUUAGCAUUGCCACCGUCUCUUUCUGCAGUUCACAAUGUCUUUCAUGUCUUAAUGGUGAGGAAGUAUGUGAUAGAUGUAUCUCAUAUAGUAGACUUCGAGCCCUCACAGUCAAGUGAGAACUUAAUUUAUGAAGAGAAGCCUAUACAAAUUCUUGCUAGGGAAGUGAAAGUUUUGAAUAACAGAGAGAUAGCACUAGUAAAGGUUUUAUGGUAA